AAAGAAAAUUAAUUAAUUAAAUAAAACUAAAAUGAAAAACGAACUAUUAAACUAAAUAUACAAAUAAUAUAAUAAAUUAUUAAAACAAAUAAUACAAAUAUUAUGUACUAAUGAAAGUAAAUCAUUCAAAAUAAACAAAGAAAAAGUAAAUAACAUGUAAAAUGAAUAAUUCCUAAAACUUCAGUGGCAAAAUGCUGAAUUAUACCAAAGCUGCUUUAAAUAAACUCCUCCCACAAAGACUGAAUAGAGCAGUACUAACUAUCCUCAGACCAGCACAAUUAUGAAGCACCUUCUGCAUUUAAAACUGAUAUUAUAAUGUAUUAUCCAGUGAAAUGUGAUAGAUAGACAAUGUAUAAAUCUAAAGUUUGGGUAAAUGUGAUCGUUUAAGAAAUAUAAAGAAGAGUUGACCAUUUCCUCUCACAAAAUAAAACCGUGGUUUGCAUUUCUCUGACUGUAUUUGUUUGAAAGAUAAGCAGCAGAAACAGCAUUUGCAUCGGAGAGCACUUGGCUGGGGAUCACAGUCACAGAGUCAGUCUGCACGGGGAGGAUUUCUCUACUUAUUAUGUAACAUUUUGACAUUUUGUACAUUUGUGGCAUUUACACCCUGUGCCCUUCAUAUCAGAUAUUCUACACAAAAUAAUAUCUGUUCACAUUAGAUACUGUAUAUUAAGAUUUAGCUUCUGUGAGUGUUUGGGUAUAUUAAGAUAUAGUGACAUUAGAAUCUGGCCGUCAUGCAACUUACAACAACAGAACUGUGGAAUUUGUGAUACAUCAAGUGUUUUGUACACUUACAUUGUAACAGUAUUUGUUUGUAUUGUCGGCUGUAUUAAAUUGUGUGUUGUUAUGUGACCCAACCCACCUUAAUUUCACAAGGGUACCAUCAAUAGACCUUCAAUACUUUUCGUCCAUAUAGUGAAUUAUCCCAGAUUAUUAUUAUUUUUUUAUCAAUCAAUCAACCUUUAUUUUCACUCGGGAGUACUAAUAUUAUAAUUGAGGGUGACCCUCAUUUACAAUGUUGCCAAAGAUUUACAGUAUAAAAGGUUUUGAAAUUCAUUUGACAAGAAAUUAGAAAUAACAAAGAAUAAAAUAGUAAAAAAAAAAUAAAUACUAAUUUUAAAUCAACAUUUAAAAUAUACGAAUAAAAUAAAUAUAUGUAAAAUAGAAAAUUCUAAAAGACCAUAAAAAACUAAUUGACACAUAAAAAGUAAAGAACUUAUAAAAUAUAAAAUAAAAAAGAUGAUAGCAAAAGUAAAAUAAAAUUAUACGAAUUAUACGAAAUGAUAAAAUAAAUAAUAAAGAACUAAGAACAUAAUAAUCAAAAUAUAAAACAUUAGAAUAAAAAAGUUAUAAUAAAUAAUGAUUAAAUAUUAAUAAAAUAAAUGUAAAAAAUAAAAUUAAAGCAGGGCUUUCUCGUAGUGUUUAGAAACUAAAAGUUUUAAAUGAUGUUUAAAAUGUAUUUUUAUGUAUUUACAUUAUAAACAUUGAUGUAAAUGAUGAUGUAUUUCUGUGCUUUUCUUUACAUUAAGGUUCUGACAGUUAAUAGGUUUGUUAUGCUCAGCCCAUAAUUAAGGCAGUAACAAUAAGGAGUUUUUUUUCUUUACUCUGGAACAGUUUUGGUCUUCCCGGGAAUAACAGCAGCAGCAGCAGCAGAGCGCUCAUUAAUCACUCAGCCACUAAUGCUGUGCGCUCCAAUGACCUGCAGCAUCAGAUCAAACAUUAACCAAUGUUCUGCUGACAUGGUGGCUCUCCUGCGUUUUUAUUAGUGAUAAAUGAGCUUGUGUGAGACGGUUCCUGCUCCGUAUUAUGGGAUUCAUGCUCAGGCGUUGUCAAAGGAACCAGUGACACACACACACACACAUACACACACGUCCACACGGAUCCAUCACACAUCUGUUUCAUCUCAGUCUGACCAAUCAGAGCGAUGAAAAAGCUCAGAGCACUGUGGUCCUUCUCCUCCAUCUAUUUCUGGAGCUGGUCUAUUGCGAGACUUCUGAUUACUUGAAAGCAUAAAUAUGUAUUAGAGCAAGUUUAGGUGUUUUAGAGGUUUAAAUUUACCUCAGUAGAGCUGAUUAUGACUUAUAAAGUAGUUUAUUUAUUUAAUAUCUAAUCAUUUUUUGUGCUAAACAUUAAAAUGGUCAGUUUUUUUUUCUAUAGAUAGUAACUAGUAGCUGUAAGGAGUGUAUCAGCAUCAGUAGACGUCUUUCACUCCUUCAGUUCUUCACUCCUUCAGUUCUUCAUCAGCUUCAGCUCUGUCCAGCAGGGUCUCUCUCCGGAGCUGUCCAGCCCCCUGUGUGCUCUCUAAGCCCCCUCUCUCAUGCUUGCGGGCACACAUGGCUCAGCUCCGGGUUACGGGCGCAAAGUUCAGCUGGACCACCCUGCUCGCCCUCUCCCACUUCAUCUACCUGCUGCUGGGGGCCACCGUGUUCCAGCACCUGGAGCGAGAGGCCGAGAGCAACAACCGCAACAACUUCCAGCUGGAGAAGCUCUACUUCCUCGCCAACUACAGCUGCCUGGACGGUCCGGCCCUGGAGAAGUUUGUGAAGGUGAUUUUAGAUGCCUGGGAAAAUGGGGUGAAUCCUUCAGGAAACUCCACUAAUCCCAGUAACUGGGACUUCGGCAGUUCCUUCUUCUUCGCAGGGACAGUAGUCACCACCAUAGGCUAUGGGAAUCUCUCCCCCGCCACCUUCCAGGGGCAGGUGUUCUGUGUGUUUUACGCUCUAUGUGGAAUACCCCUCAACCUGGCCUUCCUCAACCAGCUCAGCAAGUGCCUGGCCUUCCACCUGGGACGCCUGGAGCACAACAUGGUCUCCAUGGUGCCUCGUAAGUCUAUUCAUCAGUGUAUGGAGGUGUUGGCGGUGGUUGUGUUCCUGCUGAUGGGCAGCGUGCUCUUCCUCAUCUUCCCCCCGAUCAUCUUCAGCUAUGUGGAGGGCUGGUCCUACGGAGAGGGAUUCUACUACACCUUCAUCACACUCAGCACCAUCGGGUUUGGAGACUUUGUGGUUGGUAACGGUCAGGACAGGCAGAAUGUGUCGGUGUACCGCAGCCUGACGGCCGUGUGGAUCAUCUUCGCCCUGGCCUGGCUCGCUCUUCUCCUCAACAUGGGCGCCAGGAUCGUGGAGCAUUUCCUGGGCCUGAGAAAGCCGCCCGUCUCCACGGACGAGGAGAGACCUUCAUCCAGGAAGCAGGAGGAGAGUCUGAGUCAGAGAGCCAUCCAGCAAUGAACUCAAAAAACCCAGGGGGCUCGGGAAACCAGCGGCUUCAUUAUUGUACUGUUUUUGGCACACAAUAUGCACAGUGUACAGUAUAUUCAUAUUCUAGAUGUUAUACAUCAACUUUGUAAGAUGUUUAAAGUUGUGAAUAUUUGCUCUAUCCUUGUAGAUCAGAUUGUUUCUGUGUAUUAUUAUUUUUUUUUUUUGCUCCAAAAAUAUCACUAUUACCCCUAGUGAAAAAAAUUAAAUUAAAAUAUACUAAGCAUUAUUAUGCUAUAUGUAUAUAUAUUAAGUGCUAAUAGCCACAUUAUUAAUCAGUAUAUUUAAAGAGUGGUAAAAUAGAACAACAUUUUUUUCUUACUUAUUAUACUUUAAUUGUAUUAAAGUAGUACAGUUAAGUAGUACUUAACUGUACUAAAGUGGAACUAUUUUAAAUAUACUUAAAUAAGAAAUAUUUAAAUAUACUACUUAAUGUAUAUAACCCCAUAUUUUAAAUAUGCAUACAGUAUACAGUAAUUAUAAUAAAUUAAUGAGUAUUACAUCUGUAUCCCUAUUAUACACCAGGUAUAUAUUAGAAAUGUACUAAGAAUUGAUGUUAAAUAUAUGUGAUCUUUUGCAUUAGAGUAGAGAGACAUUGUUCGUGUCUUUUGUAAAUAGCACACUUCUAAUACAUACUUUGCUGGGUAUAAAAAUAUAUUUUAAUAUACUGUACUACAUUUUUUAGCGUGUUACAAAUUAACUUUAACUUUGAUAAAUAUAGUAAUUUAAUUUACUUUCUAAAAAAGUUGAAACAUGAUACAUUGUACUUUAAGUGAACUUUUGAAGAAGGUGUAUUUAUACUGAGACUAAAUUAACAACAGCUACACUCACACUUUUUUUUUAGAUUUUAUUUUAUAAAAAAAUGUAAAACAAUGUUUGGUUUUUAU